CCGGCCCCUCUGCGCGUGACGUCGCCGUAUCUCAGCGCCGCUCCGUUCCGCGCCGGCGGCGGACCCGGGGAGCGCGGCCCGGCCCGGUCCGAGCGGCGGCACCGGAACCGCAGCGGCAGCCGCAGGUGUUCUCACGGCCAUCUGCAUCUCAGCACGAAGCUUGGCUGGCAGCACCAUGAGCUGCAAGGGGCAGAUGCCCGCUGGGUUGAACGCACUCUGGCUGAAAACCGAAGCGUGGUGACGUGGUGUGCAGUCCUUGCACAGCAGGACAGGAUGCGGGUCACCAUGCGGCGGGUGCUGCUGGCGGUGGGCUCGGUGGUGGCCCUGAUGGUGACGCUGCACCUCGGCCAGCAGGUCCUGGAGUGCCAGCAGGUGCUGAGCAAGAGGAGGCACAGGCUGAUGAGACCCGAGAAUGAGGAGCUGGUCAUGGUGGACUCCAACCACGUGGAGUACCGUUACAGCAAGGAGAUGCCCCUCAUCUUCAUCGGCGGAGUCCCCCGCAGCGGCACCACGCUCAUGAGGGCCAUGCUGGAUGCUCACCCAGAGGUGCGCUGCGGGGAGGAGACCCGCAUCAUCCCCCGCGUGCUGGCCAUGCGGCAGGCCUGGUCCAAGUCGGGGCGAGAGAAGAUGCGGCUGGACGAGGCCGGGGUGACGGACCAGGUGUUGGAUGCUGCCAUGCAAGCCUUCAUCCUGGAGGUGAUCGCCAAGCACGGCGAGCCGGCCAGGUAUCUGUGCAACAAGGACCCAUUCACCUUGAAGUCCUCUGUCUACCUGUCCAGGCUGUUUCCCAAUUCCAAGUUCCUCCUGAUGGUUCGAGACGGCCGUGCUUCGGUCCACUCCAUGAUCACACGGAAGGUGACAAUCGCAGGCUUUGACCUGAACAGCUAUCGGGACUGCCUGACCAAGUGGAACAAGGCCAUCGAGGUGAUGUACUCCCAAUGCCUGGAGAUCGGGCGCUCUCGCUGCCUGCCUGUCUACUACGAGCAGCUGGUGCUGCACCCUGAGCAGUCCAUGCAUGCCAUCAUGAAGUUCCUGGGUAUCUCCUGGAGUGACACCGUGCUGCACCAUGAGGAGCUCAUAGGGAAGCCUGGCGGAGUGUCUCUUUCCAAGAUAGAAAGAUCAACGGACCAGGUUAUCAAGCCAGUGAACAUGGAGGCAUUAUCUAAAUGGAUUGGACACAUUCCAGGGGAUGUACUGAAGGACAUGGCCCACAUAGCACCCAUGCUUGCCAGGCUCGGCUAUGACCCGUAUGCCAAUCCACCCAACUAUGGCCACCCAGAUCCACUUGUUGUCAACAACACGCACAGGGUUUUAAAGGGGGAUUAUAAAACGCCAGCCAACUUGAAAGGCCAUCUGCAGGUGACUCAGAACACAUCAUCUUCUCACUAAUUAAUGAUUUCCAGGCUGCUGCGAACGGCCCUGAGUGGCCCUGCAAAGAAGAGUUUGCAGUUGCACCGGUGGAGAUCUGUUAUCCAAGCAUAUUGCUUGCUAAUAUUGCCAAAAUGACUGCCGUGCGAGGAAUGUAUUUGCAUUUAUUUGCAAAGGCCAAACGUUGUACACUUCGAUACCACUCGUCUCCCUUUGCUGGAUGCUCCGUGGUGAAAAAUCUGUGGAAGUGAAGAUCGACUGAACCUUCAAAGUGCAUUGGAAAGAGAUUUUCUAUUCAAUUCCCGGAGAACAUUUUAGAGCCGUAUUUCAGUGUCUCGUAAUGCUGUUCCUUAACGUGCAGAUCAGAAUAGGUGUCAUAACCGUGUAGAGCAUUUGUUGUACAGGUGACAAUCCGGGACUCCCUCUUCAAUCACUUGUCAUUGACAGAUUCUAUUUAAGAAUUAAUAUAUGAGGUCAUUCGUUUCA